AUUUUCGCUUUCUGAACCUUUGUUUGUUUUCGGAAAACGUGAUUUGGCUCAGGAUUGCCCAUUUUUAUUAAUUCCAGGGUUUCUCUGAAUUUGAAAGUUAUCACUUAGUAAGUUUCCAUACCAAGGCUCAAUCCAAUUAAGUCCGUAGCGUCUACCAAUUUCGCCAUAUCCCCCUUUUUGAGAUGAAAAUCUCAUUGCGAUCUCGUUCCCCUUUUUCUUUCAUUUAUACCGGAACCUUUGAAUUCCUUAGAUAGAUGCCGAUUCCUGUCUCGAAAAAGUGUUUUCUCCUCUUUGUCUUUGAUUUCUUGUCUAUCUUCUAUAGGAGGCUCAUAUUCGAUGCAAUCAAAAACGAUUUUAUCAUUUCUGUAUCCGCAAUUCAAUAUAGUUGGAUACAUACCCUAAAAAUCUGUCUCUCUUCCACUGAUUUUCCCCUGAAAUUUCAAAUACUUGAACGAUCGAUUCUUUUUUUUUUUUUAGAAUAUUUAAUCGUGAUAAAUUAAUCGUGAUAAAAAAUGAAAAGUCUAUAUCGCUAGAUUAAUGGUUAUGUUCUAUAAUAUUUAACAGUUAUUUGAAAUUCUAUAUUCUAUUCUUUAAUAUUAAUAUAUUCAUAUUAAUUAUGAAUAAUAUGAAUAGCCAAGAAUUCAAAUAGUUAAUAGCAAAGAUUGCAAGAGUUUAGUGAAUUCCUAUACAUGUUGAAUUGAUUUUAUGUGAGCCUGCUUAGCUCAGAGGUUAGAGCAUCGCAUUUGUAAUGCGAUGGUCAUCGGUUCGAUUCCGAUAGUCGGCUUUUCUCUAUUUAUUUUAUUCGAUGUUUUACAUGAUUGAUAAUGCAUCUUUGAAAUCAAAGAAUAUCGAAAAAAGUGUCUUCCUCUUUUCGCAAAAGCCAUUGAUUUAUUAUGUUAAUGUUAUAGGAAUCUCCAACCUAUCUCACGAAAAGAAUCCUUUUCUUUUUCUAUAUAUAGAAUAGAAAGAUCUGUAUAUUUAUCCAACUCAUCUCAUUAUUCUUUAAUAGAAUAAUACUUCAGUCAAUUUGGCUUUAUUUAGAAUUUAGUUCAUUUUUAGUUUAGGUUUAUUCUGUAGAAUGAAAUUUCAUCAAUAAGAAUUAAUAAUUAAAUAGAAAUAAGAAGAAGGAGUCUUUAUGUCGCGUUACCGAGGUCCUCGUUUCAAAAAAAUACGUCGCCUGGGGGCUUUACCAGGGCUAACUAAUAAAAGGCCCAGAGCUGGAAGUGAUCUUAGAAACCAAUCGCGUUCCGGGAAAAAAUCCCAAUAUCGUAUUCGCCUAGAAGAAAAACAAAAAUUGCGUUUUCAUUAUGGUCUUACAGAACGACAAUUACUUAAAUACGUUCGUAUCGCCGGAAAGGCAAAGGGGUCAACAGGUCAGGUUUUACUACAAUUACUUGAAAUGCGCCUGGAUAACAUCCUUUUUCGGUUGGGUAUGGCUCCGACUAUUCCGGGAGCUCGCCAAUUAGUUAACCAUAGACAUAUUUUAGUCAAUGGUCGUAUAGUAGAUAUACCAAGUUAUCGCUGCAAACCCCGAGAUACUAUUGCGGCGAGGGAUGAACAAAAAUCUAGAGCUCUAAUUCAAAAUUCUCUCGAUUCAUCCCCUCCUGAGGAAUUGCCAAACCAUUUGACUCUUCAACCAUUCCAAUAUAAAGGAUUAGUCAAUCAAAUAAUAGAUAGUAAAUGGGUCGGCUUGAAAAUAAAUGAAUUGCUAGUGGUAGAAUAUUAUUCUCGUCAGACUUAAACCUAACAAAAAGAAAAUAAAACUAAUAAGAAUUAAGGGUUCGACCAAUUUUGCUCCCUUUCGGAGAAGUAAAUUAACCUAAGGUUAAGAUAAAUAAGGGUUUGAUCCGGAUUUUUCUUCCAUUUAGGUGUCAUAGACCGAGAGGGAUAUUUUCAUUCCUUGUCUACUCUUUUCUUUAACAGUAUUUUCUGUACCACAGCCAUUAGGAAUAGAGAAUUCAUAUCAAAGAAAGGUCUAACUGUUGGAAUAGUCGUAUCCAUUGCUAUUUGAUCUAUUGUGGUUAGAUUGUGGUUAGUAAGAUCGGUAAAUUAGGUGAAGGUAAGGAAAGAGAGGGAUUCGAACCCUCGGUAAGCAAAAGCCUACAUAGCAGUUCCAAUGCUACGCUUUCAACCACUCAGCCAUCUCUCCUACAUAAUGAUUAUGACCCAAAAACAGAAAAUAGAGUGAAUCAUUCAUAUUAGAUUAUUGGGUAGGUACAACCAAUCAAUUCUAACUAGAAAGCGAUAAAAAUAGAAAAUUUUUCAUCAUAGUAAAAUUAUAGUAAAAGCAGGAUCUUUCCUUCUAGGCUGGGGGGAUAAAGGGAAAAUUUAUUUCUUACAAAAACCGUAAAAAAAUUCUAUUCGUGUUUGCAAAAACAAUGUUCUCUUCUUUUUCUGAUGAUCUAUUUAUACUAUACCGACCAGAUUAAAUCAAUAAAUUAGAAAUUCUAAUGAAGUCACUGAGCGAGGGGUCUAUAUUUUAUGGUUAAUAGAUAUCUUU